GCGGGCUGGCGGGAGAGUGAAGUUCCCGAGGGGAGAGCCGGCCGAGGGAGUCAGGCUGGGGAGCGGGGAUGCCGGGAAGUCGCAAGGAGGGAGUGAGAAAGCAGGAGGACAUGACUGAGACGGACCUGGGCUGAUUGGGACUGGAGAGGAAGGAGGCCUGACCGGCUGAGGCCUGUGCGGAGAGGAGCUUAUGGCAUAUUAGUUCCUGGAGCAGGGAUUGAACCCGGGCCCUCAGCAGUGAGAACACAGAGCCCUAACCACUGGACUACCAGGGAAUUCCCAACAGUAUUUUUUAAAAAGCUUCUCUGGUUGAAGUGGGGGUGAGGUAUUGUACCCUGCCUAUUUCACACCCCUUUGGACCACAGUUUGAAACCCUCUGAAAAGUUAAAAUCAUCAUUUUAUGAUGGGGAAACUCAACAGUUGAGAGGAAAAGAUGCUAGAACCACAGGAGAAUGGCUUGAUUGACCUACCAGAUUAUGAGCAUAUAGAAGAUGAAACUUUUCCUCCAUUCCCACCUCCAGCCUCUCCAGAAAGAGAAGAUGGUGAAGGAGCUGAACCUGAAGAAGAGUUAGGGAGAGGAGCUCCUGUUCCUGUACCUCCAAAGAGAACAGUUAAAAGGAAUAUACCCAAGCUGAAUGCUGAGAGAUUAAUUUCAGAGAGAGGGCUUCCAGCAUUAAGGCAUGUGUUUGAUAAGGCAAAAUUCAAAGGUAAAGGUCAUGAGGCUGAGGACUUGAAGACACUAAUCAGACACAUGGAGCACUGGGCGCAUAGGCUAUUCCCUAAACUGCAAUUUGAAGAUUUUAUUGACAGAGUUGAAUAUCUGGGAAAUAAAAAGGAAGUUCAGACCUGUUUAAAACGAAUUCGACUUGAUCUCCCUAUUUUACAUGAAGAUUUUGUUAACAAUAAUGAUGAAGUAGGGGAAAAUAAUGGCCAUGAUGUAACUGCUACCGAGUUAGAUCCCUUUCUGACAAACUCAUCUGAAAGUGCAAAGUUUGCUUCUGAGUCAAGUAGAAGCCUAACAGAAGAACAACAACAAAGAAUUGAGAGAAAUAAACAACUGGCCUUGGAAAGAAGACAGGCGAAGCUACUGAGUAGUAGUCAGUCCCUAGGAAAUGACUUGUUAAUGAACACACCCAGUACACAGACACCUGAAGAGGGUAGUACAGGUGAGGAGCAAAAGGAGGAAGAAUCAAAUGGAUUUAACAAAGACCUUCUAGACAAUCCACAUAAUGAUGCUGCUGCCAAUACUGUAAAUGAAGAGGAGGAAUUAAAAAUAGAGAAAAUGCAACUGGACCAGUCCUUUUAAAAGACAUAAUAGUAAGUUAAAGCUUCAUCUUGAAAUGUUACUGAGGUUGGAUAGGCCUCAAAUGAGAAAAUCUAUUAACUUGCUAUCUUCCAAAUUUGAGAUGACUAUGCAUUUUGCCUACUUUGAGUGAAAAUCCUUAUAUAGUGAAACUUUUAUAAAUUCCUGUUUAAAAUCUGGUAUUAUCUAUACUUGUUUCUUAUCCACUUUCGUUGUCUAUUUAUUCUCCUUAGUGUUUAUUUUUAUAUGGGUAUGACCUUGUAAAAAUGAUUGGUAGUUAAUAAGUAGCUUCAACUGCUAGUGUGCCAUUGAAUGCCCUGUUUUUACUAAAUUGGGUGGUGUUUUAAGAUGUAAAUAUGUAAUAAAUGCUAAUGUUCUUUUUUUUUUUUUUAAAUAAUAAGCUCACAAACUAUCCCUAGAGGCUUUAUAAAAGUUUCUCAUUGCUAUUUAGUUCUACACUUUACACUUUUGGUAAAACGUUCACAGUUGUUAUAUGUGUUUACAUGUCUUUUGAGGAGUCACUUUAAUACUUAAAGGGUCACGUGAAAAGCUGAUACAUUGCCUGGCCUGCAUAGGUGCUGGGGAAGUUCACAUGCUCCUUGGUACCUUACUGACUAGUUAGUUGGAGAGAAACUUGCAAAGUAUAAUGGGGAACACAGAGCACGUAGGGAGGAUUCGGUGGAGAUGCCAAGGAUUGGGAAGAACAUGUACAAUAAUAUAGAAAUGAAAAUCUAGGAAAUGAGAGCUUUGGGAAUGGUGAAUGUGAGGCUGAAGUGUUAGGGCCACGUGGUGGGAGGACCUAAUUGGAGUUUUUCCUGCCUGAGUUUAUCAACUUGGUGGAAGGGUAGUUGCAGAUAGAAAGUACCACGUUGAGAAUCAAGUUUAGAGGUUGGUCUGGUUCUCGGCAGGAGAUUCCCAUGGGGGAGAGGGAAAGGCAAAGCUAGUUUUUACAAGCUAGGACAUGGGAAGGUUGCUUUUUUGGGGGAAGACUGGCAGAGUGAUGGUGCUAAGUAACAAGUCUCCA